AAAACUGUACCUAGCUUCAUACAUGUUUUAGCAGUAGUUGACAUAACACCGUAUCGGCAAAACUUGCCUGUCAGUUGAGUGACCACGCAGUUCACAGUGAACAAGUAUUUGAUAUUUAAAAAAAAUAAAUAAACAAUCUAUUUUCUAAAUUAAAUAUUGUGUAUGGCAUAGAUAAAAAUAGUGAAUACAAACUGGCUAAUCCACCGACAAUACCGUUGCCCUUCACGGAUAACUGGAAUACUAUGGAGGUCGAACCAACCUAUGAUCCGGGACCAAGUACUUUAAGCGGUGGUGGUAUGUUUUGUUUUGGUCUCAACAACAAUAUCAAUAAUCAAAUUGGACAACUUUCAUUACAGGAAAAUAAUACUCCUGGACGAUUGUCUUCAUUGCCACAAAUCGAUGAAAGUCAUUGUGAAGAUUUAGAUAUGAAAGCAAAAGAUCGAUUAGUUCGAUUAUUGGACCAAUUAGAAUCACAUGUAGAGCGUCUCAGAAAAGAUGCUUGUCAUUUGGAGGAGGAAAAAGAUACGCUGUUAUCAACAUUAGAUACACUACGAAAUUCUGAUUUAUUACAAGACUUGACUGAAAAUGAACAAGAUGAUAUCCAACGAUAUGCUGAUCGAAUUUCUACACGAUGUCAAACAGUGGUAGUAUCGGUGACAACCAACAGAGAUGUGAAUCAAGAAGAAGCAUUAUUUCAAGUAAAUCAUUUAAUUGAUACAUUAAUAGUAAGUCUACGAAUUGAUCCGUCUGGAACUAAAGCACGAUGCUUAGCUUUUAUGAACGCUUGUUCUGAACAUAUUGUUGAAGGUGUAACAGAUAAAAAUUUUGAAACUGCAUUACUUGGUUGUACUGUGGAUGAUCAAAAACGAAUUAAAAAACGAUUACAAGGAUUACUUAGUUAUAUGGAUAAAUUAAAUCUGAUGUGAAUUUAUUUCUAAGAUUUCGAUAUUAAUUCUGAAUUAAAUUAUCCUAUUGAAAAUCUAUCGCUUAUGAAUUAAAGUGGAAUUCUUUUUUUUUUACAUAUGGAUUAUAGCGAUAACUAUAAAUAAUCAUCACAAUAUAAAUCGUAAUUAAUUUUUUAUAUAAUUCAUUCAAUGAUAAAGUAUAAUUUAGCGUACUUUUGUUUUGAAAGAAAUUCUAAGUUAUUGCAUACAGCCUGUAAUCGAUUUUUUUUUAUUUCAUUGUUAAUAAAUUUAUUAUAUUAAUAAGUAUCACGAUCGCUAUUAAUUUUUUUUUGUUAUAAUCUAAGUUAUGGUCUUGGAUACUAAGUAAGUCAAGAAUAUAUUUAGGUAUCUAGAAUGUUAUGCCAGAAAAUAAUAAAAAUCGAGGAAAGUGUGACGCUACGCCACGAUCAUAUUGUGCUAUUUCGUAAUGUUAAAAUACAAAAUAUAUGUAUAAAUAUAUACAUUCAUAAUUAAAAUUAUUACGUCACACGAUGUUUAACGAACAAUUUUUCUUCGGGCGUCUUCGUUUUUCUUUUGAAAGUUAUUUAAAACUGUAUGUUACUUUGAAAUUAUUAUGAAAAAAUA